AACCCUACCGAUCAGAAGAAGAACUGCGUGGCUGGCUGGAGGAGGCUGGGGAGAAAAACUGACACGUGGAUUACUCCUCCUAGGGCAUCAGGAAAAACAGUCUCCCUCCUCUAGCUCAGUUCCGCGAACCGUCGCCUGUUGUCCCUGUUAGUCCAGUCCUUCACGUUAUGGAUUUAAAUGACGUGAAUCCGAGAUAUGAUUGUGCAAAUACUUUGUAAGAAGGCUGGUCUUUCUCUAUACGUUUACUUUUCUCACUGACUGAUCGACGGCGGGGGAAGAGAUUGAAAGUAAAUAGCCGAAGCGGUUGGAAGGAGGCUGCCGUUACCUCUCGUUGAAUGGCAGUUAUUCAAAAAUAUGGCAAGAACUAUAGUCCAGAUUUGGUCUGUCACAAGGAAAACCAUCCGUCUGAUAAGAUCGGAGCCCCUGGAUGUCACAAGAAGUGGGCUGAACACAACACCAACUGGCCAAGGCCAGUGGCGAGGGUAUGGACGGUGGUGCUGCUGCUUGGGACAUGCCUCCUCUACUGCGCCCGUGUGGCGAUGCCCAUCUGCGCCGUCAGCAUGGCAGAGCAGUUCAGCUGGACCAAGAGGGAGUCUGGCAUGGUGCUCGGCAGCUUUUUCUGGGGCUACUGCUUCACCCAAGUGUUCGGAGGCUACGUCAGCGACCGGGUGGGAGGUGAGAAGGUCCUCCUGCUGUCUGCGGCAGCCUGGGGGUCGAUGACAGCCUUCACCCCCAUCCUGGCCCACUUCUGUUCCCAGCCAAUCCUCUCCAUGACACUGGCCCGCUUCCUCAUGGGCCUGUUACAAGGAGUUCAUUACCCUUCUCUCGCGAGUCUCUGCUCUCAAAAGGUGGUGGAAAGUGAGAGAGGCUUCCUCAUGAGCACCGUGGGUAGUGGCUCCUACCUGGGCACUCUGGUGAUAGGAGGGGCUGGCUCCCUCAUGUUGGACCUGUAUGGCUGGGAGAGCGUUUUCUAUGUCUCUGGUCUCCUCUCGGUCAUGUGGGCCUACUGCAUGUGGAAGUAUCUACUCAAAGGAGAAGGGCCUAUCAUCACCCUGGAGUCCCUGGGAAGUGGUGGGCCCCAAUCCAAACUGUCCAAGAGACAUUGGUUGCGGCUCCUCAAACAACCUGCAGUCUGUGCUGUGAUCGUUACACACCUUUGCACAGCGAGCACCUUCUUCACUCUUUUGUCGUGGCUGCCAACAUUCUUUAAAGACACUUUUCCUGAUGCGAAGGGUUGGGUGUUCAAUGUCAUUCCUUGGUUUGUGGCCAUACCCUCAUCCCUCUUCAGUGGCUGCCUGUCUGACCACCUCAUCAGUCAAGGCUUUGAUACAGCCUCAGUGAGGAAGUUGAUGCAGUUUUUCUCCAUGGGUGUGUCCAGUGUGUUUACCCUUCUUCUGUGUGGCAACACCACCUUCCCCUGGGCUGUAGCAUUUGUGUCUGCCACCAUGGGCCUCACCACCUUCAGUCACAGUGGGGUGUCUGUAAAUGUCCAAGAUCUUGCUCCUUCCUGUGCUGGAGCAUUAUUUGGUGUUAUGAAUACAUGCGGUGCUUUCUCAGGGGUCCUAAUGGUGUAUUUCUCGGGGUAUCUCAUCGAGGCCACAGGCUCGUGGGCGUCUGUGUUUGCCCUCAUCACCACAGUCAACCUGCUGGGCCUCUGCACCUUCCUGGCUUUCGCUGAGGCCCGCCGGGUCGACAUUGAUUCUAGCAAGGUGCGCCACCACAACAUUCACAUUUAAAUCAUUAGUCAUCAGACGGACCAGAGUGCUAUUCCCAAGGAAGAGGUGACCUUGGGCAACCAGCAGCUAGGACAUUAUCCGUGUUGGAGAACUGGCCAAAGGAGCAGCACUUGGAUAAAGCCUGCAUAUAACAUUGGGGAAACUUUGAUUGGAUCCGUGUCUGGUUGAGGGAAGAACUGCAACAGUUACUGAAAAGCACACAGCAGAGUCUGCACAAUGUCACUGAAAAAUCUUAUCGAGUUGAAUCCUACAAAAACACAGCUGUGUCGGUGGAUGCUGUGUGAGUUCAGGGAGGAGGACCAAACUACCUCCAGAUCCCAGCUCGUGCAGCGGAUGGUGGUCACACAGUUGCUUGGCUACUGUUUACGCUUGUUACAGAAUGCGUUACGUCGCAGAGAUGGUUAUCCGAAAAAGCAGUAGCUCACUUUUUUGUGUGUGUACCGAAGGAGCUGUGAGAAUGAUGGAUGUGUUAGUCUCAGGAGCUCUCUGACAGCUGUGACAGACCAAGGUGGUGGGUUCUUACCCUGCGGGAAUGGGGGAGGCGGUGUUUUUGACGCAGGGAGAGUCCUUUAGAGUCUUUUAUUACUAUGCCCUACUCACCCAUCUCUAAGAGAACUGUCUGAGUGACACCUCAUUACCCAGCCACUAAUUACUUGGCAGGCACUCUAAUGUCCUGUACGAUUUACCUUCUACGGUCCCCAUCCCCAUGGUUACAAGCUCAUCUUAUCUUUACAGUUCGGAGUGGGUCAUGCUUUAUUGCAACACGGUUUUGAAUGAGUACAUUCUCCCUGAUUGUUGUCCUGAAGAAUAUCUUUGGAGUCAGGAGACCAAAGGUUAUUAAUUAUUUUUAUUUUAUUUCUAUGUGAUUGCAUGUAAUAGAAAUACCUCACCUAAUUAUUUUGUGAACUUAUAUAUUUAUAUGGCUUAUUGAUUUCUUUUGUCCAUUUCAAAAAUGUUUUUGAGAGAAAAAAUAUAUUCGGUUAGAUAAUAGAAAAAGUAACAUAUCAGGUAAGAUGAUAGAAAAUCAGUUAGUUAUCAAAAUCUGAUGCAGUAUGGAAAAGCCAAUAGUUGUCCUCACCUUUUCUUCAUUUCUGACCUGCACUUUUCAGUCUAAGGAGACAUUGUUGGAAAGAAACUUGUCCAUAUAUUCACUUCCACCCUUAUUAUCACACUUAACAUCAUUGUUACCUAGCAUCUAGACAGGAAGUGAUGUCAGUAUUUGGGAAGGAGCUCGUUAGUAGAGGAGAAAUCCCAUUCACUUGUCAUGCCGGUGUCAGACAGUGUUUUCACCCUCUAUCUCAUUAAGGCAACUUUAAAAACCAUAGUCUCCAUGUUACACACUGUCAUAAUGAAUGUUGCAGGGCAGGUGAGAGGAUUACAAAUCAUGUCUUGGGUUCAGUUCAGUCGAAGAGCUGGAGAAGAUUUGGUGUAAUCUUACUGCAAAGUCUGUAGCAACAGAAAGUUAGCUGCACAGUUCUGACUGA